AUGUCAUCCUCAAAUCCGGAUGAAGUCGUCGCCUCGACCAGCGUCGAUCUUCAUUUUCGCAACAAUGCAACACGCGAUUCGACAAUCACUGCCACCACUAGUAUAAGCGCGGCGAAACGCUCCGACGUCUCGUUGGCGUCGUCGGAAGAGAGCUCGGAUUUGUCGGAAGCCGAAGAGAAGGAGCUCGUCGACGCGACGUCGUCUUCGAAAGAGACGAUUGAAAAUUUUGACGAGGUUCUCGUCGAAGAUGACAUGGAUAUCGAUGAGGAUGGAAAAGUGCCGAGGCAAAAGUUGAUGGUCGAAAAAGAGCCGAUAGGGAUCUUGAAAAAAUCGUGUAAAAAUAACGACCCAUCUGAAAUCAUACACCAUCAUCCGCUGUUCGUGAAGGAUACAUCGAAAUAUUGGUACAAGCCAACAAUUUCGCGAGAACAAGCCAUCAAUAUGCUUCGCGACAAAAUGCCGGGAACUUUUGUGGUUCGCGACUCGAACUCGUUUCCGGGCGCGUUCGGAUUGGCGCUGAAAGUGGCCACACCGCCACCCGGUGUGACACCCGGCGAUGGCACCGAAUUGGUGCGACAUUUCCUUAUCGAGCCGUCGCCGAAAGGCGUCAAAUUAAAGGGAUGCAACAAUGAGCCUGUAUUUGGAUCACUAUCGGCGUUGGUUUAUCAACAUUCGAUCACUGCUCUCGCCCUUCCGACAAAGCUUGUCCUUCCCGAUUACGAUCCGGCCGCGACCCCCGAACAUGUGUCGGCGACACAGGCGCUCCUCAAGCAGGGUGCAGCGUGCAAUGUGAUCUACGUCGGCAGUGUUGAUGUCGAAUCGCUAACCGGACCCGAAUGUGUGAAGCGAAGCAUCACAACGUGUUCUCAACGCGCGUCCAACGAUGAAAGCCGAGCGGUGUCGGUUCACUUUAAGGUGUCUUCUCAAGGUGUCACACUCACCGACAACACGAGAAAAGUGUUCUUCCGACGUCAUUUCAACGUGCAAAAUGUGAUAUUCGCCGGAAUGGAUCCGAUAGACAGAAGGUUUGACAACACCAGGGCCCUCGGUUUUAGCGACGGCUGUAUUCCGCAAGCUCGAAUGUUCGCGUUCGUCUCAAGAAUUCCGUCGUCGUCGGAGAACGCUUGCCACGUGUUUGCUGAGCUUGAACCCGAGCAGCCCGGUUCGGCAGUGGUCAAUUUCAUCAACAAAGUGAUGUUAGCUCAGAAGACUAGAUAA